AUGAACAUCUCAGCAGACAGCGGCAUGCAAAAGAACACGUCCUUCUCCAUGUUGAGGGUCCGGGACACAUUUCAGAUUGUUGUGACCAAGAACAUCAUUGUGGUGAUACUCUGCAUCUCCAUCAACUACAUCAAUGGUACCUUAGUCCACACCUUCUUCAGGCAUGAGAUCUUCAAAGAGAACCCACGUUACAUCCUCUUCAUCCAUCUGGUCCUCAAUGACAUGAUCCAGUUGAUCAUUGCUGCUUUGCUGCAUGUGAUUAGCUACACCUUGUUCAAAAUCAAUGUCUCACUCUGCUCCUUCCUCCUGAUAAUCGCCAUCUCCACAACAUUCAACACCCCGCUGAACCUGGCUGGCAUGGCCUUCGAAUGCUAUAUCGCUGUCUGCAACCCACUGCGCCACACCCAGAUUUGCACCGUGAGUAGGACCUACAUCUUCAUCAGCAUUAUCUGGGCCGUGGGGGCCAGCUCCCUCCUGCCAGACCUGUUUGUACUCCUAGCAACAGAGUCCAAUGAGUUCUUCCUGUCCACCAUUUUCUGCAACCGGGACCCACUGUUCCACCAUGCUUUUAUGAAGAAGAAGACGGACAUCUCCCAUGCCAUCUGCCUGUCCUUUGUCUGGUUCAUCCUAGUCUUCAGUUACUUUAAGAUCCUGUUUGCCGCCAAGACUGUGAACACAGAUGCCAGGAAAGCACGCAACACCAUCCUCCUGCACGCUGUACAGCUCCUCUUCUGCAUGUCCGCCUACAUAGGUCGUCCUUUAACGACCUUGUUCAUGUACAUUUCUCACAUUAAUAUUCAAGAUUUGAGAUUCCUCCUCUAUCUCAUAAUUCAUAUUUUGCCAAGGUUUUUUAGCCCCAUCUUAUACGGCCUCAGAGACAAAUCCUUCCGGAAGUAUUUCACGAGGUACUUUUUGUGCAAUGCGAUGGUAACUUGCCACUGCAAACAGGUUUCAGUUAUUAAAUGUAUCAGAUCACCCAGAGUAAGCCCCACACUUUAG